AUGAAAGAUCCAACUCUCUCUCAGCAACAAAGAAGGGAGUUAUGUGAUGAUAUUACUAACCAAGAUGUAUGGUCUGGAUUACAGGCCAUGGAGGAUGACAAAGCUUUAGGUAUUGAUGGGUGCAACUCUCAUUUCUUUAAACAUGAUUGGCCAAUACUGAAGGAUGAGAUCAUAGGAAAAAUUAUGGCUGUUAGGAUUCAGGAAGUUAUACCUAGUAUCAUCUAUGAUGCUCAGGCAACCUUUAUUACAGGAAGGAAGAUCUCAGAUAAUAUUAUCUUGGCCCAUGAAUUAGUCAAAGAUUAUGGAAGGAAAAAUGCAUCUCCCGAAUAUAUGGUGAAUAUUGAUUUGCAGAAAGCCUAUGAUUCAGUAGAAUUGCCCUAUUUGAAGCAGGUUAUGAGUGAAUUGGGGUUCCCUGAUUGA